AAACGAAGAAAAGUUAGUAUUACUAUUUUGAGCCCUUGAGUUUUUAGGGCGUCUACAUUGGGCUAACUUCACUGUGAUGAACCCCCAUUCAACAAACCGCUCCGACCGAACUCAGUAACGAUUGCGUUUUGAUCGCGAUACUACGUUUUGCACGGAGUAUUAGAUACAUUUACUGUAAUGUAAAUAAAUAAACAUUGUUUUUCUUAGUGAAAUAAUGUCAUAAAAUAUUUGAAAAUGUCGGGAUUAACUAUAGCUGUGUCUGUGCUUGUGUUUUGUUUGUGUGAUAUAGUUUAUUCUGAUAUAGUAAUAAGUGAACAUCACCACGUACAUUGCACUCAUGAACAUCCAAAGGAAGACCAAGUCAUUAGGGGAGUGCACAUUGAGCCAGCGCAUAUAGUAAAAAAACGCAGCAUAGACCAGCCAUUAAGAAUCAGCAUAGUGUAUGACCAUUCUGUUUAUAGGUUAGAUCCGCAGAAGUUCUUCAUGAUAAAUAACACAAUUCUGCCAGAGGCGGUCAAGUUUUGGGAGCAAGCUCUCAAAGUGAGGAAGACAGGAGGACCUAUUAGGUUAAAUAGAAAAUGUCCGACUAGGCAGGUGUUCGUGCGCAGAGGCAAAUCACACUGCAUCGACGAAUGCAACGCUGAGACAAUGUGCGGGGAGGUCAGAGUGCCGGAGGAACAUUUAAACCCGUGCCACGUUUGCAACAGCACGGGGCACAACUGCCGUGUGCUGCCGAGGUUACGACCCCGGGUAGUGGAUGACGACAUGACGACCGAGAUCAAUGGAAACGCGCUCAACGAAGGUGUCGACACCACAGCGAGUCCCGAAGAAGAAAUUAUAGACGAAGAGCCAAAAGGCGUAGAGGACACAGAUUUCGUUCUGUACGUGAGCGCAGUGGAGACGGAGCGGUGUCGACGAGGCCUCACUGUGGCAUACGCGUCACAUUGCCAGCAGGAGUCUGCUUUAGACAGGCCGGUGGCCGGGCACGCUAACUUCUGUCCGGGUGAGCUGUCAACAAAAGACCGCGACUUGCCUUCCGUGCUGUCCACGGUCAAACACGAGAUGCUGCACGCCCUUGGCUUCAGCGUCUCACUGUUCGCGUUUUACAGAGACGACAAUGGUGAGCCUUUGACAGAAAGGAGGCCAGACACGGGCAACCCGCCUCUGGAUGAAGAACUGCAGAUCCACCGAUGGUCAGACAGGGUUGUGAAGAAUAUAUAUAGAAAAGACUGGAUGAUCAGGGGAGGUUAUACGGAGAGGAAAUUCCAUAUGGUCGUCACUCCAAGAGUGGUUAAAGAGGUCCGAGAGCAUUUUAAUUGCUCUUCGUUGGAGGGGGCUGAACUGGAGGACCAGGGCGGAGACGGCACGGCGCUCACGCAUUGGGAGAAGAGGGUGUUCGAGAACGAAGCAAUGACGGGCACGCACACGCAGAACUCCGUGUUCAGCCGCGUGUCGCUGGCGCUGAUGGAGGACACGGGCUGGUACCGCGCCGACUACAGCCGCGCCGCGCCGCUGGACUGGGGCAGAGGCCUCGGCUGCAGAUUCGCCACGAAGUCCUGCAAGGAAUGGUUGAACACGCAAAGGUUGAGCAGCGAGCCAGAAGAUCUGACAGACUAUCUAAACGGAACGGAGCCAGAUGAACGGAAAAACCCAGCGCCAUUUUGCGAACGUAUCAAGGGUAAUCCGUUGAGGACUGAGUGCUCGUCGAGAAGGGAUGCUGUGGUGUUGUGUAAUCUAGUGAGACACGAUAAUGUAUUACCGAGAGUUUACCAGCACUUCGACAUUCUUCCCAACGUGCCGCCAGGAGACGAGGCGCACUACGGAGGUUCCGUAUCGUUGGCGGACUACUGUCCCUACCUGCAGGAGUUCACGUGGAAACACAAGAGCGUGUUGGUGCGAGGCAGCCGUUGUUCUUACGAGGAGAACACGCCUAAGACUGACGUCAAUUUCGCCCUGGAGAACUACGGGGCGCACUCUAAAUGCUUCGACCAUAGCGACAAGGUCUGGGAACAGAAGUCGUGUCGGCAGAUACGGGAGUGGCAACAUUGGGGCUCCGGUUGUUACAAGUAUAAAUGCGAGAGAGGGCGACUGCACGUAGUUGUGGGUAAUUACACGUACACGUGUUUCCACGCGGGUCAGGUGUUACAAAUAAGGAUCAAAAAAAGGGGUUGGCUACACAAGGGGGGCGUGGUGUGUCCGCCGUGCAGGGAGCUGUGUGCUGAGGAGUUCGCUUCGCGAAAAGAGUAUUGCAAGGGAGGCGAGGAAGCCAUGCCGCCAAAUCUUUACGCCAACGACUAUUUAAACUGUGGAACAGUAAGAAUAACGCCGUCCGCCAUUUUGUUUUCGGCCGCCAUUUUGUGGCUGCUCAAACGUACUGAGUAAUUUAUUUGUUGAAGUGAAAAAUAUGUUGUAUUUUAUAGAUGGUUGUGUGAUAAUGAUGUAAGCCAAUGUAUGUUUAAUUGUAUGUUUGGCAUUAAAUAAUUGUGAAUGUUGCAUUUCCAUAAAAGAGAUAUUUUUUAUGAUUUUGCUAAAGUAUUUGUUAAGACUUUUUAUUGUAAAUGAAAGAUUAAAGAAAACUAUAGACGUGGUGUCAGCGUAGCCACAUGACAUAGAACUAUUCAUAUAUUUCUCUUGUAUGAGCGAAAAGGAAUACUUGAUGACGUCUAUAAUUUUCUCUGUCUACUAUGUAAAUUUUUGGAUGAGAACCACAGAAAAAGUGGUUAAUGACGAAUAUUACGUUAGAAAUAUUAACCAAACAGUAAACUUUGAGACUAAGUUACUUAUGUCAUAGAUAAUAUUACUUAGCAGUCACUCAGCAGCACUUAUACAUCUUAUUAUACAGGAAGAAUUAUGCUAACAUUUUAAUAUACUUAGUAUACAUACUUAAAAUUAUGUUAUUUAUUAGAUUAACCCAAUUUCUGUACUACCUAUUUAUGUCCCACUGCUAGCCUAACCUAUUAUUUGUAAAAAAAUAUAACUUAAUAUUAUUUGGUUAAUUACAAUAUUUGACAUUGACAGAACGAGACAAGAAGAAAAAAAAAACUAAUAAUACAGUAUUUUUUAAUGAAUAUUAGGGUAAAAUCAAAAAGCAUUAAGUCCACCUUUCGUACGUUUACUAUUUUUAUUUUGUGCAAUAAAUUUUAAAUAAAUAAAAACAUUAAUUAUUGUAUAUGUGUUGUAGUCGCCAAAACGGUUUUAUGUAUAUUCUCUAAUCAACUAUUUUAUCUAAACAAUUUUCCCCACGCUUUCCUGUAUUACAAUAUGUCGGAAUGAUUUUGUUAAAAUUAAUAGACGUUCGCGCCAAAAAGUUAUUGUAAAAUCUGUCAAGAAAGUAAAUGAGGGCGCUGUCUCCUGUCGUCUAGCAACACUGGGUAUUUAUCAACCAAUCUUGAUUUUGCAAUGUCAAAAAAAUGUAGUUUGUCAAAAAUCCAUUUUCUUUACUUUCUUGACAGUCAUUGACAAAAACGUGGUUCUAAUAAGUAAACAUGGCAAUGAGGGCCACUUUUAUAGCGUGGACUGUAGGAAACCAUUAGUUUAAACCGAUGCCAAUGGCCUCACAACUAGGUAUGCCGACGACCGUGCGAAGUGGAGACGUGAAAGUAGGAAAGCGGAUCUUGGGCUCCGACGCUCAACGGCUAAGGAAGAUCGGGAAAACAGGAUGAGGAUUUUAAUCAGAUGAAAUAACUUGAUUUCCGAUUAAUUUUCGUACUUAUUAUAUAUGUGUAAUUUAAUUUUGAAUUGACAUUUUUUUGUGAUCUUAAAUUUAAGUUAGCCUAUUUUUUAAAAAAAGACAUGGUACUUCAGUUUAUCGACCAAUUAUGUAUAUAGAAUUAUUUAGUCAUAUAGCUUUAAGUCUUACUUAUGCCAUACUUAACUUAUAUUUUUUUAGUAUUUUAUUUUAGCACAGCUUGAUUUUUAUUCCUUUGUAAUUAAAUAUGAUUGAAAUGUCGGAUUAAAUAAACCUAAAUAUAUAAUCUAGCUCUUAAUUCAAAAUUUGGUUCUUAAUUUUUAUUUAAACAGACCACGGACCAAAAAUAGACAAUAUAUAGAACGCGGUAUAUCAAAUUGUGCACAGAUACAAUGAAAGGUGCAUAGAAAUCGCAUUGACCGUAAGGGCUUCGUUGAGGCUUGUUUUGUUCAACGUUAAUCUGUGAAUGACUAGAUUUCGGUGUGGAGCCGCGUACCCCACUCGUCUGCCUCCCGCCCCGCGUAUCGGCACAUAACUUGCUAGCGAAAUAGCAAUACGGUGCAUCCUUUUUGUUUUUGCUGUGUGUGUUAGACAUUUAUUUUUAUUGUAUAAUAAAUAUUAAUAAGCUUUUCAAACAACAAAAACAUGACGACAAGGACAAAAUUAUAGCAUAAGUCACAGACUAAGAAAACUAGCUAGAUCUUGUACAAGCUGGCACAUGGUGCGAAACAAAAGAAAUUAAAUCUCUGUCCCGUUUCUUUUCAUGUAUGUAGAUAUUUAUAAUACGCGUCUCUCUUUCUUGUAUGAGCGAAAUUGAAGAUGUUACGAUGUCUAUAAUUUUUUCUGUCUAAACAGAAAUCCCUUUUAGGAAGCCAAUUCCAGUUUUAGUCACAAUUUUAAUUAUUGUAAAUAUUACGAUCUAAACUUGGUUUUAUUUUCGGUGCUUAUAUUGUGAUUUUAUUUCCAUUCCUAGUUUAUUUCAAUGAUAAGAAAUAUUAUUUUUUAAGAGUAGGUAUAAUUUACAAAAGAUUUUUUUUUAUUAAGUCACAUCAAGAUGGCUUCCGAAAUUUAUUUUAUUGUAUUUUCCAAUAAAAGCAUUGUAUCAUAUGUAAUCUAUAAAUCAGAUUCUUUUAGUUUGUAUGAAUAUUUCUUUUAAAUGUACGAUAUUAGAGAAAAUUCUCAAAACGUACUGAUUUGUAUGAAUAAAGAAUAUUUUUCACAUGAAUACUAUA